UGCCCAGCAUGAAGACGAUUUUACGUAAAAGUCUUGUGCGUCGUCUCUUUCAAGACCAAAAACAUUUCUCCAAGAUGAAGACGAUUCUGCAUUUAACUCAAACUCGAAGAUGCACACGUAUUUUGGUCUAUUCCGGGAAUCGAAGCGGGGCUGUGUGUCUACUAAUCUCAAACGGGUAAAAUGCACACAAGGUGUUCGACACAAUUCCCCAAUGGGGUCAAUAUUGGGUCUGCUUUGUUUAUUUUUUCUCAUCACGUGGCACUCACGUGAUAAAAGUCGGCCUCUGGAGUCCGUUGCUGUUAUAUUCUGUUAUCUUCCCGCUUCUUCUCUCAAGACGAAAACAAAAAAAAAAAGACUCUUGAGACCACCCGCCAAGAAAGCUGCAAAGAAUCUUGAGAAUCGUCUUCCAUGGAGUACACUUCCGCUGAAGGUGAAAAGGCCAAGAAACGCUACGACAAGGCUAUAGCUCUCGUAGCUAGUGGAGAUUACAUCAAAGCCUUUGAGAUAUUUGACGAUGUCAUCUCAGUCUACCCGGAAGAGCACAGGAACUCAUUUCAUAUUCGUGUACAACAAGCUCACAUAUUCUUGCUUCUAGUGGAAAACGCCCAGAGCAAGGACGUGGAGAUCACGUACUUCUUGGGUGCUAUAGGGUGCGUUUCGGAAGACGUGAGGGUCACGCUACUUCGCACACGUCUACUCAGAACAUUGGGUAUGGCUCUUGGCUCGGUGUUCUAUUUCAAGAAAUGCAUUCGCAGUGGUAAACAGGGUUUAGCUGCUGCUGAAGCCAAAGAUAAGAGAGAGAUUGAGCUUUUGAUCGAAGAGGCUGAGUUGAUGAUCGCUGAGUCCAAGACUAGUCCGACUAUAGCACACUACAGGCCGAAGUUUUCUGAUCCAAAGGAUAGUCAAGAACCGCGGUGUGAGGAUAGAGUUGGUGGUGAGUUGAGGUCGUAUUGGAUGGGUUUAGAUGUUAAGGUCAAGAGAGAUUUUAUGAAAGUGAGCGUUGAGAAGCUUAGGGGUUUUAUCAAAGGAGUACAUACAAAAGAGGGAGUAGAUGUUCUGAAAAACGUUCUCGAUGUUGCCAGGGAACACAAAAAAUGGAGAGUCUGGGUGUGUCGGACUAAAUGUGAUAAGGUGUGCUCUAGUGCUGAAGAAUGCAGGACUCAUCUUGAACAGAAACAUGCUGCGGUUUUUAAACCUUCUUCGGAAGAGGAUGUGGUCAUGAGGAUAGGGUUAAACUGGGCUAAAAAGAUACAGGUUGGGCCUUGGGGACCUGUGCGUACAGUAGCUGCGGUUGAAAUGAUCAAAGCUGAGCUCGAAUACGUGAAAGAUUUUACGUCUACAUCUAGGAAGAAGGGAUGGUCAGACCAAUGGCCUUUAGCUGCGGAUGAAGAGCGGAGGGGUUUACUCAAGGAAAUCAAGUUACUCCUUGUGUCGCUCUGUAACCAUCAAAUUCUUUCAUGUAGCAUUCGAGACUGGGUGAUGAGUUUUCCGGUUAAGCAGCUUAGGAAACUUGAUGUUUCAGAAGAGAGUAUUAACGUUUGUCACCUAGUGGAAACACCACAGAGCAUCUGUUUUCUGGAACGUGAUGAUCUCAAACAAAUCCGAGGCUUCCUAAAAAAGAUCAAGUGUGAAAGGCAUGAUGGUACAGAUCAUGUUGGCAGAGCAGUGGACAGUCUGUUGGAUCGCAUUCGUAUUAAGGAAAACAUUGACAUCGACGUUGACGCUCAGUUUUCAUUGCUGCUUCUGGAUAAAAGACUGUUGAAACGAAAUAAUGCUCCAUUUGAUUAUGGUAGGGAAAUCAAAUUCAUUGAUAAACCCGAUAGUCACUACGAUGAGGCACAGGUUAAGGGAGAUGAUAUCAUAUCCUGGUUAGGUGACCGCUCUUCAGUAGAUAAGAGCUUUCCUGGACCUAUCAGGAAACACAAUCUUGUAAUCUGGGUGGCUGUUCUGAGAGCACUUCAGUUCACAUGCAGAACACUGGGAACCAAAUAUGCAAAAAAAAAGCAGGUCUUGGAUUACGAAGCAGCUCUUACUGCCGUGGAGAACUUGUGUAUGAGUGAGGAUGAAAAGAACAGCUAUGCAUCUUCUCUCUGCGAUAGAUUUGAAGAGAGAGUCCCUGAAAAUUCCCUCACUGCAAGAUUAUUCUUGUGUGCAGUGAGAGAUGUUUUACACGAAGCAUCGCAUCUGACAUUUGAUAUUCCCGACUUAGAAGAUUGCAUGAACCUUGUACGCGAGCGUAGUAAAAGUCUCAGCAAUGACAUAGUGUUGAAGUACAUAAAACUUCAGAAAUCGGCGGUCACCGAAAAGGUUCUGCUAAUCGAUGCAAGGAUACUACUGAUUGAUAACUCAAGGAUUAGAUUGCUAAACAACCUCACAAGCCUCUCUGCUUUUGACAACCGCUCUUAUAUGCUUUAUUUUCUGAAACCUUUCUUGCUGAGUGGCAUUGGAUGCAAACUAAAAGCAGAUCUUUUACUCAAAGAGGAGACGAAGUCACAGACAAAAAAUAAGAUGAAAACUAAAGGCACUAAGAUGCGAAAGCCAGAUGCAGCAGCAGAAGCAGAUAUUUUAAAGUCACAUGCAAAAAAGAAGAAAACUUCAACGAGCAUGUCCACUCCCGUUGAUAAGCUUGUUGAACAAAAACCUUCUAUCGACCUUGAACCGGGAGGCAGAUCUCAAUCACCAAAAAAGAUGGAACCAGAAGAUACUCUUACAACUGAAAAGGGUCCAUUGGAGAUUUCAUCCACCAAUGACAUUCAAGAGGAAGCUACUAAAGUCAACAGUGGUGAUAUGCAAAACAUUCCUGGAGAAGAUUCAGUCUCCGGAAAUUUGGAGUCGGCACCUGGAGGAGAUGCAACUAGAUACAACUCAGCUCUUGACAUGACGCUAAAGGCCCUUAUGAACAUAAACGUUCUUAAAGAAGAUCUAAAGCGCAAUAAGCAACCGUUUCAUGGCAACCUAGAAGAAGAACAAGUUCUUCCUGCGCUACAAAGUUUAUUCACUGCUGUUGUGUCAGAGGAAAUAAAAACUGAGGGAGUCUACUGUCUCAUCUUGAGAGACUUACUCGUGUCCCUAGAACAAGUUAAUUCCAUGUCGAGUAGUGCUGCUGUGGUACUUGUAACCAUCCUCGAGUCUUGGCAUUGCUGGAAAAAUUCAGAAGGAGAGAGCUUGGUGACUCGCCUUUUUACGUUGGAGGAAAAAGAAAGAAUGAGUUGUAGAAAAUGCAGAAGGAUGCCAAAUUAUCCAGAGCAAAGUUAUUAUGGAAUUGUUAUGGCUGCAGAUUCAAUCAGAGACUUUAAGCGUGCUUUUAGGAAAAUGAAGUUUGUGGAUAUCCUCAAGGUGUUGCGCAUGGAAUACAAAAUGUUAUGUGACAUUAAAACUGGAGGCUGUGGAACGGCAAACUUUGUUCAUCACCUUAUAAGUAGAUGCCCACCUAUCUUCUUAAUUGUAUUAGAAUGGGAGAAGAGUGAAACUGAAAAAGAAAUAUCUGAAACGACAAAGUCUUUGGAGUGGGAGAUAGAUAUCAGCAGGCUGUACGAAGGCUUGGAACCAAACACUAACUACCGGCUCGUGUCUAUGGUUGGUUAUGGCGAAGAAGAAAGAGAACACAUAUGCAUGGCUUAUGAAAAGAACCGGUGGGUCAAUCUGAGACGUGAGUCUUUAGCAGGAGAGGUUGUUGGCAACAGCUGGAAGAGUGUGGUCAGAUUCUGUGGAGAAAGGAAGGUUCAGCCAGUGAUUUUGUUUUAUGAAGCUGCAUGAUCCAUGAUGGUCUAACAAGUGUGAAACCCAAGCAUUGAUGUAUAUAACAAUGACAUGUUUCAAUUGAAAGGAAGUUAUGUCUCUGUUCCAUAGUUAUGGUCAAUGAUGAAACCCAUUUUGUAGGACUAUGUUUACUAAAAGAAGGAAAUUAUAGAAUUGUAGACCAGACAACAUA